AUGGUUGAUAAGGUAAGAAACGUUCGCACUUUAAAGAUUUUUUUCCCUGUUUUUUUAGAUUCUUUUUGGUAUUUCUGCUGUCGGUCGUUUUGGCCAGCGCGGCUCCAGUAACGGAAGAAAAAAAGCUGGAGGUUUGAAAAAUUCAAAUUAAAUUAGAAAAAUAUACUUUCGUUCAAAGUAUUUUUGUAAAUAUGAAAAAAAUAUUUGAAGGCAUAGGGGCAGUAAAAAAACGGUGUUUUAGUUCAAAGCAGUACUUUGUAGAGCUUUUCAUUGCGAAUCGAACGGUGAACUUGGAAAUGCCCAGAACUUCCUAGUUUUGGGGAAAAAAUAAUUCAAAGUCGGAGAGAGGAAAGUUUGAGUUCCCGCGAAAAGGGCGCUUUGCAGUAAAUUUGCUCUAUGGACAACAGGCGUCGCCAUCUUCCGGAUAUUCGCUUUUUUCUUCGUUUCUUUCAAUUUUCAUAUUUUUUUCUGUUGUCACCAAAGUUCUUUUCGUCACAACAGCUUUCUAUUCAUGUAUAAUUUGCAAACUUUGAUUGCAAAAAUGCUUUUCUGGUGAACAUUGAUGAUUUUACACAGGUUUCGAUUGGGAUAGCGAUUAUUUGUGUUUUCUUUAUUAUCAAUGUGUGUUUUCUGUUUUCUUAAUCGAUUUUUCAGAGAAGAAACCCUUAAUUUGAAGCAGAUAGCCGGUUAUAUCUCCCAAAAUGCGAGUCUAAUGAGACGUCCGCAACAUCGCGUGCACGACUACUGUAAACAGUUGUCUGCAUACCGAUCCAAAGCUUUUUUUCAAAAUUAAUGGCGGGAAAGUAAAAUCGCGUUUUUCUUCUAAAGUUGUCACAUCUGUAAUUUUUUUGAGUACACCAUUCGAUUCGCAAAGAAAAACUGUAUAAGAUACUUCUUUCACCCGAAAACCCAUUUUUUACUGCCCCUAUGCCUUUAAGUUUUAAGAUCCUAUAUGCGCCCCCAAAGGCCCUAUAGGGGCCUCUUGAGAUUUAGGGGAUUAGAAGUCAGACCCUGAACCCCUAUAGGGACCACCUUAAUUUAUAGGUUGCCUAUUUUGAGUCGUUUUUUUCCAGUAACCCAAUAGAGACCACUCUGGAGUUCCGAAGCAGAAAAUUAAACAAAUUUCGAGGAAAGUUGUGAUUUUUACGCAAAAAGGGCUAUAAUUUGAAUGGUUUUUUUUCGAAAUAAAAAAUUUCUUGAUCCUCCCUCAACUACAAGAAGCUCUCACUCAUAAUGCCGUGUUCAAAGUAAUUUCCGCGGAAUGCGAAAUUGUCUCUGACCCUCCAAAAUUUAGUUAUCUUUCUCUUUCUCUGACGGCUAUUUUGAAUUUCGCGGAAUCACUUUGAACACGGCAUAAGUUUCAGUGGAAACCCAACGAAAAUUCUCCUUCUCGUUGCCGGAAUUGCCGUGCAUCUGGAACUGCCGGAAGAAGGGCCAACCUUGCGGAGGAGGACAUGGGAAAUGGUGCGACUACGGCCUCAAGUGCUACACUCUCGAUUGGAACCCGAAUUAUGCUGUCUGUGAUAAGCCGCGAUAA